UUGUGAUAAGGAAGAACUUUAAUUAUCUGCUCGGGUUUCGGGAAUGUACUAAAAUUAGAUGAUAUUUUGAAAAUAAAUAUUUUGUUAAAGCGGCCCAUAGACACCACACUUGUGUGCACACCGGAUGUACUGAAAACGGUGUUGCAUUUCGCCACACACGCCACACCAAAUUGUACACACAAGAGAUCUCAAAGAAGAAAAAUCAUCAGUAUUCGCAAGCACGAAUAGGAAUUUAAUUGAAAAAAACCUCCAACGCUUCGCACUCAACAACAAUUUAUAUGCAACAACAUAGUAAUUGUUGUAAUUAGACACCGACAUACAAAAAUCAAAAUCUUUUGAUUUUACUCGCUCCGUGUCUCACACCGAAAAUUGGUGUCCAAUCCAGCCCACACACAUCACACAUUUCCGCACACCGACACAAGUGUGGUGUCUAUGGGCCGCUUAAUACUUUCAUACAGAGUAAGUAUGUUUUGAUCAACGAAGUGUUGGCACUACAUCAGACUCAAGCACUCAAGUACUUCAUCUCAGAAGAAAGUUGUACAAUAGCGAAGAUUUGAUAAUGAAUGCAAAAUUAAUUCUCAUCCCAAUUUUCCUAAUUGGGUUAUGUAUGGUUCAGAGUUAUGAUAAUAUCGAAAAUAGGAUUAACUUCGGUUUACCAGCUUCGAGUUAUAAUUAUGAACCAAAUCCCAAGGAUUAUGGCUCAAUAGUUACAACAAAACCAGAAACAUUUCCCCGUGCACGGUACUUUAAUUUAGAAUAUGGUAACAAUGGGUAUAAUAAUGAGGUAAGCACAUGUGGCUAUAGAAAUAAAAAUGGAGUUUUACGAUACAAAUUCAAAAAAGUCUCCAAUAAUGAAGCUGAAUUUGGUGAAUUUCCAUGGAUGGUGGCAAUAUUGCAGAAAAUGAUUAUUAACGGCAAAGUUCAACGCCAAUUAAAAUGUGGAGGUUCUUUGAUAGCUCGAAAUGUCGUUUUAACUGCAGCUCAUUGUGUAAAUGCUACACAAGUUCUGCAUUUGGAGGUUAGAGCUGGUGAUUGGGAAACUUAUUCAAAUGCCGAACCAUAUCCAUAUCGAGAAAGACAAGUCGUAGAAAUUAUUAAACAUGAAAACUUUAAUGCUGACAAUUUAAAAAAUGAUAUCGCUCUACUUUUCCUCGAGUCAGAAUUCGAUGAGGCUCCUCACAUCAAAGAAGUUUGUUUGCCACCAGUCAACACAAAUUUCGACAUGUCACGUUGUAUUGCUUCUGGCUGGGGUAUGAAAAGAUUCGGAUCCGAAAAAUACCCAAAAAUUAUGAAGAAGAUUGAUUUGAAAGUAGUUCCAAAAGCUAAAUGUCAAUACGACUUAAGACAAACUCGUUUAGGACAAUCCUUUAAAUUGCAUUCCAGUUUUAUGUGUGCUGGUGGAGAAUUUGGAAAAGAUACUUGCACAGGAGACGGUGGUUCACCAUUAGUUUGUCCAAUGGCCAGCGAUCCCGAUCGUUACUACCAAGUUGGAAUUGUUUCUUGGGGUAUUGGAUGUGGUGAUAAAAAUGUGCCUGGUGUUUAUGCAAACAUUCCACAUCUCCGUUCUUGGAUUGAUGAAAAAUUGUCUGACAAAGAAAUCAAUGCAAAUUCUUUUACGCCAUAAAUGUGGAUUUAAUUAUAUAAAAAAGUGGACAGUCAGUGCUAAAAACAAACAACUAAGACUAGAGCAACUUUGUUUUGUAGCUAAAUUCUAGUAAAUAGACUUUUUUAUUAAUCCUUGAACAACUUAUAAAUUAUAAACAAUAAAUACCAUUAAAGCGUUAUAAAAAAAAAUAAAAUUAUAAAUAUAAUAAAGUACCUAUGUUGAAAUAAAUUACCACACUUUUAAGCAUAACCCAAAA